UCUCGUUUCAAUCUCCGAUUAGUCACUCUGUUAAAAACAAAUGUAUGAAUGUUUUGUGAUCGUGUUACCGUGACAUUGCCUUGACGACAAUAAACGUACCUAUAAAUAAGGGACGAUGAACUCUUGAAUGUUUAGUACAAUCCUGCACGACAUUGGUAAUAAAUCAUUUCAUAGGUUAUGAUUAAUAUCAAACAUCCAAAAAUCUACGGUAAACCACCCGUAAAAAAAUCUUUCUCGAUGAAAGACGUCGAAUCAAAGCAGAAUACACUUACGGAAGAAACUUUUAUGUGCAACAAAAGAGAGAUUAAUGAUUCCACUGUUAUGCAGAAAAUAGGUAAAGCAGACUGCAAUCAAAACAUAAUCGAAACGACUGCGAGUUCGUUUGAACAACUGUGCAACAUAAUCAGUGAUCUGGAAAAGGACAUCACUGCCAAGACUGUAGGGGCGAAUCAAUUACAGAUGAGACCAGAGAAAGAUGAAUCUGAAGCAAUGUACGACACAAAUGGAACUACGUACGACGAUAUAAUGUCUUUCUUGACAAAACUCGAAGAGGGUUCUAUGGAUGAAACGAAGGUAAACUUACCAGAAGUAGAUGCUAUCAUGUUUAGGGAAAUAUUUGGUGACUCGGAACUUUUGCCUUGCGUCAAUUACGAUAGUACUGACCCAGUAAAUGUCAACAACGAUAACCCCCACGUAUUCAAAGAGGAUUUAGCUACGGCACAUUUGCAACUCGAGGAAAAAGAUGCCACUAUAUUGCUCUUGAGGGAACAGUUAAAGAACGAAAGGAAAGUAGCUUGCGAAAAGUUAGAGAGUCAAAGGAAAAACAACGUUACCAAGUUGCAACAACAAGAAGACAAAUAUAAAGGGAUCGUGAAGAGGCAUCAAAAGUUCAUCGAGCAAUUGCUCUCGGAAAAGACAGACCUAACCGAAAAAUGCAAUUCGUUGGCGCAGAAAGUAAAAGAGAUCGAGAUAAAAAUGCAACGGGAUUUGAAGACUACAGCUGAUAGACAUGUAGUAGAGUUGCAAAAAGCCAAGGAACAUUUUGCCGCGGCAGAGAAGAUUAAACGAGAGCGUUGGAUAGAGGCAAGAACGACGAAGAUCAAGGAAAUGACAGUGAAGGGUCUGGAGCCUGAACUACGUAAUAUGAUGGAGCAACACGCCGAGGAAAUUCAGAGGUUAAGAAAUGUACACAUGAAGGAACUGCAGGACACAGAAUUAAGAAUUAUACGUCGAUCAAAUGAACAGUUAGAGCAACUGCGUCUAGAGUUGACAGGCAGUCAUGAAAGAAUGUUAACCAACGAGAAGAACAUCCUGUGGACCAGGUAUCAAGAGAAGCUGGAGGAACAAGAAAAUCAGUUUAAAAUACAACAAAUGAAACUUAUGGAUGAACUACAACAGGACAGAGAAAAGCUUGGCAAGGAACAAAUGAAACGAGAUGCAGAGAUGCAGUCCAGCUUGCAAAAGAUACAUUUGCAGUAUCAGCAAGAAAUAGAGACACUGAAACAACAACAUUCGAACGAUAAAAAGAUUCUUCAAGAGUCACUGAAGGUUGAGUGGGAAGCUUGGUUGACCAACUAUAAGAGACAACAGAAUUUAAGAAUCGAACAAGCUGAAAAUAAAAUUAAGGAGGAAUCUAAAAAGGAAAGAGAUCGACAAAUCGAGCUCGCUAUCGAACGCUUAGAAAAAGAUUCCCGAAAUACAAAAUUAAUGCUUCAACGAAACUUUGAUUGCAAGCUUAGAUCUUUAACGGAAAAAUACGAAAUGGAUUUGCAAACCGCAACAGACAAUGAACAACUACAUAAAGGUAAGUUAAUGCAAACAAAAGAUAAGCUCGAAAAAACUCAAGUUCAAUUGGAACAAGCGGAGAAAAAGUUGCAAGAAUGUGUAUCUGAGCUAAGUAACGCAAACGAGGUAAUCCAACGAUUAAAUAUAGAAAGAAAUAAUUCAAAGAAAUUGGCAAGACAAGAAAUCCAAAGUGAGAAGAGAGAAUUAGAGGAGAAAAUUGCCUCACUUUAUCAAGAAAUAACUCGUAUUAAUGUUAACAAAGACACCUUAAUGGCUCAGUUACAUAGCAGGAUUAAAUUGAUAAUGACACAGAAAAUUCUAACGAUAAAAAAUUUGACUAAAGAACUUAAUGACACAAAACUAAAAUGCGAACGUUUGGAAAAGUUAUUGGAUCAGCAACGACGAGAAUACAUCCUAAAAGGUUUAUAAAUGACAAUUGUUGUUACUUAUUCGAUUAUAUAUUUUAUUUGUUGU